UAAUUUGCUCUGCGUCAGUGUUCAGUAAAGCACACAUGUGCAGAGCUUUUCUCAUCAGGUAGACAUGAACAACAGUGUGAAUACAACCGGGCCACAGCCGGGUUAUGCUGUGGUAUUUGGAUCUGUUAUGGUGCUGGGUUUGCCUCUCAAUGCUGUGGCACUGUGGAUUCUGCUUCGCCGCCACAGCCUCAAAUCCCCCAGUGUUGUUUUCAUGGUGAACCUGGCCAUCUCAGACCUGCUGCUGGUCAUCUCCCUGCCCAUGAGGGUCUACUUUUAUGCCACAGGUACCUGGCCUCUGAGCUUCACUGCAUGCAUCUGGUUUUCAAUGCUCUUCCUCAACAACAUCCGCUCAAGCGCCAUAUUCAUCACAUUCAUCAGCAUAGAUCGGCUGCUGGCUGUAGUUUAUCCUCUGAGGACACGCCAUCUGCGAACCACUUCCAACGCCUGGAAAUCUGCUGUGUUCAUUUGGAUUUUUGUGAUUGUGCUGAACAUUCCAGAGAGAAUAAGAUUUUCAAAAAUCAAAGAUAAUUCUACCUGUUUUCAAUAUGACCACCAGCAGCAGCCUACAACAGACCUGGUUUACCUUCAGUUUGUGUUAGUGUUUAUUCUGCUGACCAUCAACAUUGUGUCCACUGCUUUGGUGUCUCGGACUCUACGCAGACAUCUCACUGACUCCGCAAGGAUCAACAACAAGAUGAAUGUCAUGCUGAUUUUUGCCAUGAACUUGGUAAUGUUCACCAUAUGUUUCGUGCCUGUGACGAUUGGUGUUAUAAUUAGGAUACCAGAAUUGCUGUCUUUGAUAUGGCUUGCUAGUUUGAACUGCUGUCUGGAUCCACUGUUGUACUACUUUUCUUUGGAUCACUUCUGGAAGAAAAAAGAGGAUGUGGAUUCUAGUCCUGUCCAAAGGGAACAAAAUGUGGGUACCAGCACUCCCAGAGCUCAACAAUUAACUAUUCCUUUGACAUGAUGAACUUAAUGUUUAUUAUUACAACAACGGACUACAACGCAGGUGACUGGAACCUAAAAGUAUGCUUUUAUUCCUUUUCUUGAUGAGCUGUAAUUGAAGAUAGCUGGUAAAAUUAGUAAGAUAGUAUUGUAUGUUUAUUUGUAAUUUGUGUUAAUAGAGCCUUUAAAAUACUCUUAUUGUUUUUAAAGCUAUGAACGGCCUAGCUCAAUCUUACGUUG